AUGGUUGGAGAAAAUGAUCCCGCAGAGCAUCAUCGCAAGCGUGCCAAACUUUCAAAUGACGAGCCAGGAGAGCAGGUCGGGAAAAGGUUGACAUCCUCGCCCAUUUCCCGGGGCCUACAUGUCACCCAAAACGAAGAACCAACAGAGCAGGAUGGCCCUUAUGUUGACUCGCGCCGACCACCGAAUGACAACGAUGACAGUGACCCGGUCGACACGAAAGACCACGAGACCGAGACCGAGACCGAAGCAUGCAGUUCCUCGGACGUUCCCUACAAAGUGAUCCGAUCGGCCGGAUUGGUCUACCCCGAUGGUUGCUGUGAGCUUCUAAUUUGCUUUGUGGCCAAGGAUACCCAGUUCCAAGUGCGCAUGGAGUACAAGAAGCUACCGCCCGACUACAAGCUCACCGAUGAGGCGGACCUUAUCGAAAGGUGUGUCUUUCUGCAUGACAAGCACUGCUGGCAGGAGCUGGUGGAUGCUUUGAUGCCGUUUCUACAGCCCAUUUUCAAGGAGCACAACCCACCACGCACCCUCGACUUGGACGCCCAUCUGCGCAGCUCGCAGGUAAACCUGCGCCUCGAGAUCCACGACCAUCCGGAGCUUUUCGUCGGCCUCCUUGACAUGCCACGUGUGCCAGCCGUCUUCAAAGAGAUGGCCGACCUUCCGCGAUUCGAGCUGUCGCAGGUGGAGUCCUUCCGGACUAUCCAGGCCAAUAAGGUCUUCGAGGUGAGAAUCCAGGGCAAGGCCUUCCUCUACAAGACCACGACAGUCGGAACCGGGAUCCUGGAAGACGAAGCUCUCCGGCUGCGAGAGAUUGCGGCGCGAUGUCCGGCUUCGCUUCGCGUGCCCCGGCUAGAAGGCUUUCUCGGCCUCGGGUCGCCAUUCCCGGGGAUCCUACUGACGUUCGUUCCUUCGACUACCCUGGGCAGCAUGAUCAACAUUGAGACAGAGGUUGCUCUGGCUGAACGACGCAAGUGGUCCGACCAGCUUCACGAGAUGGUUUCCUCCCUCCACCAGGGAGGGUGUAUCUGGGGCGACGUGAAACCCGAUAACGUGCUGAUCGAUCACAACCGGGAUGUAUGGCUGGUGGAUUUCGAAAACGGUCUCACUCCAGGCUGGGUUCCCAUGGAGCUUAUGGGUACGAAGGCCGGAGACCUGGAGGGGUUGAGCAAUGUACGAAAGACGUUCCUGCAGUUGCCGAAUUUUGCAGAAGAAGUGGCUACUUAG